CUGGACAAUUCUGCAUCCACGUUGCCCCUCUCUCUCACCUCUCUUUCCUUUUCAGGGUAGAAAAACUAAGCUACCAACAAUUUCAGACUCCAACGAGUUGGAUAGAAAAAUCACAGACUUGGGAAGAGUAUAAUUAAGCUUGCUAUUACACAGAUGAAUGCCUUGUGGGUUUCUUUGAAGGAUAACAUCAAGUGUGGAAGUAAGCUCACUGAUGUGGUGAGGCAUCAUCAGCAUCAACCUGCUGUGAAAUUGGGAAAGCAAAACAGAAAUAUGAACAACACAGAUAACCAUGAUAGUAAUGGCCAUUCAUAUCCAGUGCUAUCUCAGGCUAGUCUUGCAGCUACGACAAGCAUGAUUCCACCAAAGCUUCAUGAACUCAGUGUAGAAGACCCAUCAAGGAAAAUUGUUGAGAUGAUAUUUCACAAAGCUUGGAUGAAAACCUCAUCAACUCCACUGAGAAAGGCAAGAGCAGUCUUCAAGGUGAGCAUUUCGCCAGAAAUGCUUGCGAGAUUCGAGAAGUACAGAGAAAUGGUGAAGAAAAAAGCCUGUGAGGAGCAAAAUCCAAGGCAUCCCAGAAGCAUUGUUGAUGGCAAUGAGCUUCUGAGAUUCUAUGGCACUACAAUGAAAUGUUGUUGUUUCCAUGGGAAAAAAUCUGUGCAGAAAGUUAAAAUUCUUUGUAAUGACCAGUCUUGUAGUGUUUGCCAAAUUAUUCAAUUCAACUUUGACACACAACUCUCAAGAAUGUCCACUGCAAGAGCGAAGACUGAGAAAAGUGCCGUAAUAGUUUGCAGAACCAUUGCGGGAACUUCAAUACAUGAACUUAAUGGUCAGAUUGGAGCAAUGCAAUUUAGUUUGGACAAGUUUGUACUUAAAAAUCCCAGCGCUAUACUUCCUUGUUUUGUUAUAGUUUUUGAUUGACAUGUAUUGCAGGCUUAACUGACCAUUACUAUCACAGGUUAAAAUUACUUGCUAAUAUGUAAAAUUUUACUUAAUUUCAUAUCUAUAGUUUAAAAGUUUGUAAUUGAAUCUCUAUCACUUUGAACAUAUGUAAGCAUUAAAUAUC